AUGAUCCCAGCAAGAAACAGCGCGUCAAGAUCUCACGAGGUGAACAACGUUAGAAGCAAAGAGGCGUUUGCUCGGUUCUUGGAGCAACGUGAGCGUGGAAGCCCUCGUAGUUACACUUCAUCUAAAGGUGCAAAACCAGGAGCUAGCUCACCAUCUGCGUGGGCGUUGUCUCCAGGAAGAGUUUCAACGAUGAAAACUUCUUCCUCCAGCUCAGCUCCGGCGACUUCAAUGUGCCACACGCCGCCUGAGUCACCGGUAAGCAACGCCAAGAUGAGAAGCGGUGGAGCCGUGGCAGGAGUUUUGAAGUACUUCAAGGCACAGAAGAAAAUAUCUCCGGUACAAGAGGAAAGGUAUCACCGGUUUAGGAUGUUACACAACAGAUUAAUUCAACUUAGGUUUAUUAACGCAAGAGCAGAAGCCAGUAUCCUUAAGGUCAACGUUGAGGUUGGAUUUUUGGUCGCUGCCGCUAAAAACGGCGGUUAUAAAACGAACAUGACUUUAAGUCAAGUUCUGAGCCUCCAAAGGCCUUUACUCAACGAGUGGUCUAAAUUGGAUGCGAAGAACUGUGAAGCGUUGAGCAAGCUAACUCAAAAACUGCACGCUUUGUCUGUUCGUGUACCCCUCCUACAUGGUGCAACGGUAGUAGAUGUGGUGUCUAUACAUGAAGAAAUGGUCGGAGCUAUAGAAGUUAUGGAUGAGAUCGAAGAUAUUGUCAUCAAGUUUCUCCCACGAAUGAAUAUCUCUAAUUUUUAUGAUCAGUAA